UGUCAAUCGUGUCAAUCAUUCACCGUCAAAAAAAUACAAGGAUUUUUUACAAUUACCCGGAUCAAUUUUCUUCAAAACUCUGUUUAAUUAAAGAAGAAAACACAGAAAAGCAAUCAAUAUAAACAUGGCGCUUCUACCAUACUCAAGGAAUUUGCUAUCAAGUAUUUUAAAUACAGCUAAUCGAAAGAUUGGGAUGAGAAACCUGAUGUCAAAACAACUGGUGUACAAUGAAUUUGGAGAUCCUCUUCAUGUUGUAAAAUUUAGAGAAUGUUCUGUGCCUCCUUUGGGUAGCCAAGACGUGCUAGUUCGAAUGCUAGCCGCCCCAGUCAACCCAGCUGAUAUAAACACCAUACAAGGAAAGUAUCCAGUUAAGGUGAAUCUACCGUCUAUACCUGGAAACGAAGGCGUAGGCAUUGUUGAAGAUAUUGGAAAAGAAGUUAAAGGUGUAUCCCCUGGAAAUAAAGUAAUUGUGACAAAGCCCAUUCAAGGAACCUGGAGGGAUAUUGCAACAUUUAACAAAGACAUUUUGAGAGUGGUCCCUGACAAUCUUGGCGUGGUAGAAGCAGCCACACUUACUGUAAAUCCAUGCACAGCAUAUAGAAUGUUAACAGAUUUUAAGCCAGUCAAGGAAGGGCUGGUAGUAAUACAAAAUGGUGCUAAUGGUGCCUGUGGGCAAAAUGUGAUACAGAUAUGCAAAGCAUGGGGGGUUAAAAACAUUAAUAUUGUCAGAAACAGACCUGAUAUCUGUGAACUGAAGAAAUAUCUAGAGUGCUUAGGUGCCACUUAUGUACUCACAGAGGAGGAGCUAAGGACAACAAAUAUAUUUAAAGAAAAGAAGAUUGAGAAGCCGUCAUUGGCCCUUAAUUGUGUUGGUGGGAAAAAUUCCUUGGAAAUGUUAAGGCAUUUACAACAUUCUGGCAAGAUGGUCACUUAUGGGGGAAUGUCUAGGGAGCCAGUAAACAUUCCAACUUCAGCAUUUAUUUUUAAAAAUCUUUCUUUCCAUGGCUUUUGGAUGACUGCUUGGAAUGAAAAAGCCAACCAAGCAGACAAAGAUCAAAUGGUAAAUGAUAUUGUUAAUUUGAUGUGUGAAAACAAGCUGAAAGGCCCAGUUCAUAAGAUGGUGAAAUUUGAUAAUUAUGAGGAAGCUUUGGGUAAUGCCUUGAGCUCAAAAGGGUUCACUGGAUGUAAAGGAGUUGCCUUGCCUUGUUUACCCGCUAUUCCUGGCGACGAGGGUGUAGGUGACGUAGUGGAGAUUGGAAGUCACGUUUGCACAGUAAAGCCUGGUGAAAGGGUGGUACUUAGUUCCAGAUUACUAGGCACUUGGCGAUAUUACGGCAUAUACCACGAGAGAGACGUCCAUGUCGUAUCCCCUAACCUUCCUCUUCCUGAAGCUUCAAUGUUGAGUAUAGCACCAUGCACAGCUUAUAGAAUGAUCAAAGACUUCUUAGAAGUCAAACCUGGAGAUACGGUUAUCCAAAAUGCCGCCAAUAGCCCUUGUGGACAAUGUGUGAUUCAGUUGUGCAAGGCUUGGGGAAUUAACACGGUUAACAUUGUCGCCAAUCAUUGCGGAUAUGAAGCUGUAAAAAAUCGUUUGCUUGAUCUGGGCGCCACUGCAGUCUAUACCUUGGAUGAAGCUGAAGAACUGACCGUAUUUAAUACGUCUCUUAACAGGCCAAUUUUAGCACUAAACUGCUUGGGCGGCAGAUACGAAGACGUAAUGCUAAAGUUGCUAGAACGCGACGGAGUUAUAGUUUAUUACGGAUGUGCCUUUGCCAUGCCAUUAGUAAAGCAAUUCCUACGUUGUGAUGCCACAUUUUGUAGAUUUCACUUAAACGACUGGGAUGCACAAGCAUCUAGCGUUGAAAAGGAUGUUAUGCUCAACGAUCUUGUUCAGUUAAUGGUUAUUGGAAAAGUAAAAGCGCCUGUUUAUGAACCAAUGGAGUUAAAAAAUUAUGUGCAAGCCUUAAGAAAUACCGUGCACUGUGAGGCGUUUUCUAAUGUGAACUACGUUUUCGAUUUUACCCUGCCAUAAGUAAAUAAUAAUGUGACCUGAUUACAGUUGGCGUUUAUAAACAUAA